CCAGUUAAGUUACAUAGUCACUAUUUGUGUACAGUGUACAAAUGACGUGUGUUACUUAAACUAUACUCAUAUAAACUAAACAGCUAGAUAUGGAGCUUCUAAUAAUAUUAACCGCUGCUCUAGCCUUGACAUCAGCAGAUAAACACUGUAACGGCGUGGAUAUGGACGGAAAAUACUACAAUCUCAAUAUUAUCAAAGAAGGCAUAAGCCAUAUACACGAUUUAGCUGUCAACAGAAAUGAUGAUUCAAUAUAUUUCACUUACGAAGACGUUUCACAGAACGUUCUGAACAGAGUUCUAGGUCAUAUAGAUAUUGGAACUAAAGUAGCAACAGUUAUUCAAGGUAUCAGAAAUGCCACAGCGAUUGCUAUCGACAAUUUCAAUAAUAAAAUCUACGUAGGAGGCGCCGAUGGUUUAUUCAGAAUCAACGAACAUAAAGUACCGGAGAGACUUCCUAUACAGGACGAUGUUAAAUCAAUGCAUUACAAAAACGGAUUAUACUUCGUGAAUAACAGAAAUGAAGCUUACAAAUUUGAGGACGGUUUCGCUGCACCGAUACCAGAAUUAAACGGUAUUAAAGUUGAUAGACUCGUACUUGAUGAUGAUAACAAUAUAUUCUUUACUCAAGAUAAGAAGCUUUUCAGAAUCAAAUUAGGUACACGAGCCAUAAAUACACACGAGGGCCUCACAACGAAUGCUUUAUCAACUGAUAACUAUUCAAGAGCUUACAUAUGUACGGACAAAGGUGUAUACGCUUAUAAUAAAUAUAAAUUUGUGUUUGAUAAAAAAGCCGAUUUACGUAAUCUUAAGGCGCUGUCGUUUCGUAAAUUGAAUGAGCCAACUUAUGCUGUGGCUGAUUAUAUUAUUGAGCUUAAAUUAAGUCCCAUUGGUUGUUUUGAAGAUUAAAAUUGUAUGAAAAA